CACUGAAGAUACUGAAGAACAAACAGAGUUGACUGAAGAAAAUGAGGACAAUGAAGAAUUGAGUAAAGUUGAGGAGAAAAAUCACUUCAGAACUGGAAAAAAACCUUUGAGCUGCUCUCAAACUCAGAAAGUUUUAAAGAAAAGAAGAGCCAAGAAAUCUUUCACCUGCACUCAGUGUGGAAAGAGAUGGACAUGCAAAUAUAGUCUUGAUGUUCACGUAAGAAUUCAUACUGGAGAGAAACCUUAUAAGUGUUCACACUGUGACAAGAGAUUCAGUCAGUCAGGAGACCUAAAAACACAUGAGAUGAUCCACACUGGAGAGAAACCGCACACAUGUGAUCAGUGCGGGAAGAGUUUCGCACGAAAAGGAGAUUUUACGGGGCAUAUGAGAGUUCAUUCUGGAGAGAAACCUUACACUUGUGAUCAGUGCGGGAAGAGAUUCUCACAAUCAGCACUUCUUAAGAAACACAUGAACAUCCACACUGGAGAGAAGCGGCACACAUGUGAUCAAUGCGGCAAAACAUUUUUGUGGGUUUCAGUCCUGAAGCAGCACCUGAGAGUUCAUACAAAGGAGAAGCCACAUUCAUGUCAUUUAUGUGGAAAGAGUUUUUCAUUACUACAAAGUUUGAAAGAACAUCAGAAAAUACAUUCUGCUGUGAGAGAGUACAUGUGCUUUGAGUGUGAGAAGACUUUUACUUCAGCGAGCCGUUUAAAACAACAUGAGAGGAUUCACACUGGAGAGAAACCUUACAAGUGUUCACACUGUGACAAGAGAUUCAGUCAGUCAGGAGCCCUGAAAACACAUGAGAGGAUCCACACUGGAGAGAAACUGUUCAAGUGUUCACA